AGUUGUCUGGAAAUUCGCCGCGCUUUCCUAUUUCGAAGUGUGCCAAACUUGAUAAGCCAUAGAAUGAAUUUGCAACACGUGGGUUAUAUCUAUAUUACGGCAUUCGAAAAAUGUUUUGAUGGGGGAAAAAGCGUGCCAUAAAAGCAGGUUUCGCAAAUUAAGUAUACGCCGCGUGGCGGCAAUGAGAAAUCAGUUCGUAAUAGUUCAGUAGUUCUUCCUCGCUCAGAUGGAUUGCAAUUGUAAAUCAAUUGAUUAUUCAUAGAUCAAGUGAAUUGCUGAUUAUUAUCUCGUCUAUAUUGAGUAAUCUACAUAUUAGCUAAUGACUGUCUAUUUGCAUAAUGCAUUUCCUGUGACUUAAUUUUGUUGUGUAGAAUUCAUAUGAUAUUUUCCCAUGUUCAUAUAUAGCUUUGAGUGCAAUGAACUUUUUGUGGCUGGCAAAUUGGGUUAGCACAUGCAAUGUAUCCCCAUUGCCUGGAUUUAUGUCAACCUCGAGCACAAUUAAAAUCAAUAGAGAGCGCAGUGAAAUCAUUCAGGUGUCUGAAAAUUCCUGCAGGACAUUCGUCAGUCACAUUUAUUGCUGGCUAGUGAAAAGUUCGACCAUGGAGCUGCGUCGGAAAAUCACUCUACGUAUUCUGCCCCUAUUUUUAGCCAUAUUUCUAUUCACCAUGGGCGAGGCAUAUCUGAAAAGUGUCCGCGUGGAUGAGAUUCCCUUUGCCGGAAGAAAGGCCCUUGCCAAUCGGCGGUCCAGUGGUAUUCAUCUCAUUUCCAGUCUGGAGCAUCAGCGCACUUUUCUUCACCUCUUUCAUGUGCCCUACAUCAUUUGCUUCUAUGCCGCGAAGGGCAAGUGGCCGUAUGUGCCGGGAUUCAUGAAGUACCGGGUUGACAAUGCAGCUCGCAGUUUCUUCAAUCAGAACGACAGUUUCAUCAAACAAUUUUGCACCAAGUGGAUUCAGGUGAAGGAGUGCUUUCGUCCUUUAUUCGACAAAUCAAAUAACACAGAUGUUGAAGUGGAAACGCUUGAUGCAAAAAUUCAGGGACAGCGUUGUAAUUGUGACAAAUUGCUCUUAUCAACAGAGCCACCAGUACCGGUCGUCUACUUUGAUAAAAAUUACAUUGGAAAUGUUAGUUCGGAAACGAUUAUGAAUACCAUUGAAUUUCUGGAGAGUUUCCUGCCGCCGCCCACUAAAAAACAUAAGCGCAAGAAUCGCGUUCGUGGGCGCUUAGAUGAUAUGGAUAUUGAAUAGAAAUCACUCUUCAUCAUUAUAUACUUUCGUAACGCACUCAAACUUAGAUUUUACUCAUCACAAUCAUAACCAGAAAAUCAUCGUUUAAAUUUGAAUUCAAAUUCGGUUUCAAACCGUUUUCUAGAGAUAAGUGAUAUCGAUAACGCUCAGA